AUGGGCAGACUUAUCAAGAACCACUUGGCCAGACUCAUCAUUCUAGCGGCUGCGACUUAUCAGGUUGCUGCUGCUGUUUGUGGCUUCUUCUGGCCCAAGAUCCUGUGGGAUUUCCUCACCAAAACGCUGGAUCCCGCCGUCAAGCCGAUACCAAUAUUGCAGAUUAUCAAUUUGCUCUUUGGGCUCAUUCUCCUUGCUUGGGAAUGGCCUGUGGCUUUCAUCGCCGGGUCUAGCAUCCACCGCAGUCUCGAGGCUCGUCUGGCCUUCCUGCCGUUGACGGCUCUGGCUGCUGUUCUACUGUACCAAGGGACGAACGCCGCCAUCUACCAGGUGGUUGGUUUGGGAGUCUACUUUUGGGCGUACAGUGAAGGAGAGAUCAUCUGCGCAAAGCCGUGGACUCUACCUCAGCGCGGCGGAAAACCAACGCGUGUCUGA